GGAGGGCUUGAAUUAGAACGCCAUAUUUUUGUCCUAUAUCAGUUGCUACACGGGGUAAUCUGAAUCAUUCUGGAGUUCGUUAUAGCACCUUGCAGAGCGUCCGAUUCCUCCAAAUUUCUUUCAUAGAGUAUACCCCACUUCGGAACGCGAUACUCCAGUACAAAGAAUGGCAUGGGUAACAUUCAAAAGUCCUCUCUGGAGAAAGGAAAUCGUGCAAGACAAAGUCAAACCGCUCCCAUCCCUGAAAGUGAAACGGAAGAUGGAACAGGAAUUCGUAAAUGAUGGCGUACGAACGACAAACGGAACCAACCGCAGAAAACCAAUAAUACCACCAUAUAAUGCAUUGCGCGACCGCUAUGCGCAGGCGUACUUCCAGUCUCCGCUGGUGAAAGCCAUGAAGGAAAGGAAUUUUCAUCUUAAGGGAUUACAAGAAAGUCAAGCUAACAUCAGAAACCUGAAUAAACUAAGCCACAGGCAUCGAUGCAUAGCUACCCCGUCAAUCGAAGAAAUUCGGGUCAGGGAGCAGACGUUCGUCAAUGACGCAAUAAUCACGGAAAGGAAACGCACCAAAUACAAGGACAUCAUUCCGGUCUACGACGCAUCACGUGACAACCAUUGCCUUGGCUACUUCAAGAGACCGGAUGUUAAACAUUUGGUCAGCAUUACCUGCACCCCGACCGGCUCCUUCAGCUAUGACAGCAAAAUUAAAAGUCCAAGACGACAAAAAUUACGGGCGUCCGCUCCUUGAUUGCAAGUCGCCAAACCUAAACUAAAGAUUUAUUUAUUUUUAUAUUUUAUCUCAUUAACUACCGAAUGCACAUUCUGCUGUUCAAUUUGUACUUUUAAGUUACAUGUACCAAUGUAUAUAUACCGUAGAUUUUUGUAUUGAACAUUUAUAUAUGCAAACAGUAUUUUUGGAAACGUGUACAUCCAUUAUCUUUACGUGAUGAAAUAGAGAGAAUUAUUCUCGCCAGUGCUGUGAUAUCAGUGUAAUAAAUGUAUCCGAAAUCAC